ACAGUGACAAUUAGACCUGGGUGACAUCAUUGUCAGACAUCAGUGCCAAGAAACAUCAGGUCUCUCUCAUCUUAUAAAAGCCAGCUGUUCAUUGCCUUCACAUCAGACUCAAGCGACCAGACAGCCUGUACUUCCCUGUGUACCAGGACCAUCUACUGUUGAAACAUGAGUUCCCAGCAGCAGAAGCAGCCCUGCACUCCACCACCUCAGGUUCAUCAUCAGCAGGUGAAACAGCCCUGCCAGCCUCCACCCCAGGAGCCAUGUGUCCCCAAAACCAAGGAGCCCUGCCACCCCAAGGUUCCAGAGCCCUGCCACCCCAAGGUGCCUGAGCCAUGUCAUCCUAAGGUUCCUGAGCCCUGUCACCCCAAGGUGCCUGAGCCCUGCCACCCCAAGGUGCCUGAGCCCUGCCCCUCAACGGUUAUCCCAGCACCUGCUCAGCAGAAGACCAAGCAGAAGUAAUGGGUCCACAGCCACAUCCUUGAAGAGCCGACAACCCAGAUGCUGAGCCCCCAACCCAUUCUGUUAUAAGUCUGAUUUGUCUGUUUACCUUGCAGUUAACAUACUGCCAUAAUCUCUCCCUCUGUAUCUUCUAAAAAGAUGCCCUUCCCAUUCACUUUGUAAGGUUCUUGGGCCUCUGAUUAUGCCUGAAAGUCUCACUGGGUGAGCUAGUGUCCCAGUGUUCAGUGUUCAUCUGAAGAGAGAUUUGGGGAGGGAUCAAGUGAAUCUUCCCUGCUCCC